AUGGCUUGUGAAAUACAUCCCCUCUUAAGGCUGCUGGAACCAAGAACCGGAACCAUAGCGACUGUGACCAAGUGGAUGGAUUGCCGAACCAGAAGUCGAGCAUUCGAUCACGUAAGAUCUUUCGAAAAAUUCCUGGAGUUCAUCACCGAUCCCGCGCUAGGCCCAUCUCACUCCAAUCGGCCUCCUCCUCCCGAGGUCACUUAUGUACGCCUGCAUUGCUCUUUCCUCGUCCGUCGGCUACACAGACACCGGCCUGAUAUGGCUUGCCUAGAGGCCAGCUCAGCUUUUGUCGCCUCCGCAGUCAAUCCCGAGGCUUCUCUGCGGCGCCCUAGGGCAAACGACGGUCGCAUCUCCGUCCCCUCACAGCCAAGUGGCUUGCAUGGGCCAACAUUCGUCCAGCGGUGGGUGCUGCAUGAAGAUGACAUCCUCUUUCUUUUCUCUACCGGCGGCUGGCAGACGAACUUCCGCAAUCACGUCAAACUCUCCGUCUACGGACACCACGGCUUGCUGACCUACCGAGCUGGGCAGCUGCGAGGUCGUGGACGACGAGCCGUUAACAGAAGGGCUCGGAACAGCAGACAAACAGCAGUGGUGAUGGGAAACGUCUGCUACGUUGGCAAAGGGACCCAGGGCCGUGGGAGGCAGAUCCCCGGAACGGGCGCCACGGCGAGGCCGGCCGGCAGGGCGGUACAGGCGGGCGAGUACGUGACGGACUAUCUGCCCGACGUUUCCGUCUGGCUGAUGGCGCACACAGCCUACCUUGAUUGGCUUCGACCGCUUGUGUUCCCUCUGAUCUGA